CAAAAACCGAGAAAAACCGCACACGCACUUGCACAAAUGCCAACAACGCUCAUCCGCCAAAGACGGCGAUGUGAAAUGAGUGAGAGCAGUCAGAAAUUCUUUUAAUUAGUUUUAAUUGCAGUAAAAUUGUCAAAAACGCGGUGCAGUAAGCUGAAUUUUACCAAUUAUUUGGCGAAAUUCUAAAAAAUAAAGUUAACUUUUCGCGAAGAAUGUUAAAUUCGGGCUAUGGGCGUGUGUGACUGCAUAAGAGACUAGCUGGCAGCUUGAAAAUUCGAGACAGCGAAGUUGGCCUUGCACCCCCACCCAAUUGUAAAGUUGCUUAAGUACCUACAUACAUCAAAUGUGUAAGCUAUUUUCCCGCUCGUACAUACAUGUGAAUUGUAAAAAUUAAGGGGCGGAGUACGCGUCGCUGCCGUGGUGCGUCUGCGGGAGACCACCGUUUUUUCAAUGGUUGUAUCAAUAGAAGGUCUCUUCCUUGGCGAAUAACUGGUGUAUCAAUUCGAAGCGGUCCGUCCAACGCCCGCCGAAUGUCAUACACAGCUACUUAUUCAUAUCAACGUAUCAUUUUCAAAACGCUCUAAUGCAAAACGAAAAACAGAAAAUUGAAAAAAAUAACACUAAUCGCCAAAACACCCUCUUCGUAGAGCAGGAAAAAAAAUAACUUAAUCGCUUGUAAAAAAGUUUUCACAAACCAGUAACUGAAAAUGUACAGCAAAUAAAUCAUCGACGACACGAGUCACUUACAACUAAGCAAAUAUACCUACAUACAAAUAUAAUCGCAUGAAAGCUUACAAAUAAAAUUUGGUGUUGGUUUUGAAAUAAACAACUGAUUGAAGUGAAAUUAUGCGGUCAAGUAAAUUAUAAAACUAAGUGGAAGGAAUAAAAAUCGAAAAAUAUUCAAUUAGCUGCAAGUCGCAGUGGUGAAAGAGAGACUCAUCCCUACAUACAUACAAACAUAUAUCCAUAACUUUAUCCCAAUGUAACAUAUUAUUAAAACAUUUACUAUUUCCCUUAAAAAAUAACUGUUAAAUUUCAAAAGCGUAUGAACCUUGAAAUAAGUCUAAGCUUGAGGUGACGGUGCUUCUAAAAAUUAGAGCUGAAAAUAAUUUGAAAUAAAGUAUUUUAUAAUAAAACGAUUAUUUCUUAAAAAACAACAAAAAAUGCACAGUCGGCACUCUGUUUCCAAAGAAGAUGUCGCUUCCGUGCACACCGACAGCGGUAUUUCCCUUUCGUCACCGCCAGCGGCGCGAUCAGAGCAAGGCGAGGGUGAGGAGCCGUCAGAAUCGGCGGCAAGUACCAAGAAAAAGCAAGUCCGACGACGUGUUAGUGAUGUGAAAGCUACAAAAAGGGCACACAAAGGCAAACCAGUAUGUGGAAAGGUAGCGCCAGCGGCUAAAACGCAGAAAAUAGCGAAAUCAGCAAAUUCAGCAGCGCACGAAAGCAAUUCAGUGCUAUCUAAAAAUGAUUCAGCACUGGCAGCCGUACAACUGGAGAGCCAAAAGGAGCAGGCGGAACAUCAAGCGACCAAUUCAGCACUUGUUGACAGCACAACUACUAGCAUAACAUCUAAAAUAUAUGAUCCAACAUUAGUGGUGGAUAAAUCUGUAGCAACUUCGGAAAAUUCCAUUUCCGUUGUCAUUUCAGCGUACUCCGAAAUAGAUAUCAUACCAACAGCAGCCGAUAUAUCGGACAUAGCACAUUCAACUUGUGAUUCCGCAAUAUCGGCGGGCGAUUUAGCUUCCGUAUCUACGCCAGCGCCAGCAACUACGACGACGAAAAGACGCACGCGCCAAACGUACAUUUGUCUUGUAUGCUCCAAGCAAUUUCGUGGCAGAAAUGAUCUGCGUCGUCACAUGCUCAUCCACUCCGACGAGCGUCCGUUCAAGUGCGAGCAAUGCGGCAAGUGCUAUAGACAGGCGGUCAAUCUUCGAAAUCACAUCGCCUCCGCACAUGAGAGCCAUCGGCAGUUCGCCUGCCCGCAGUGUCCGAAAAUGUUCGCUCUGAAGGGCCGAUUGCGGCUGCACAUGCGACUGCACUCAGGCGAGAAGCCAUACGCAUGCACACAAUGUGAGAAGCGCUUUGCGCGUGGCGGUCAUCUUCAACAACACAUCAUUAGCCAUCACAAGGGUAGCACGAAGCAAUAUGUUUGUGAGAAAUGCUCCACCGCCUUCUCGUCGGCCUCAAACUUGCGCGCACACAUGGACCGCCACGAAAAUGGACCCGAUCACUAUUGCGAGAUUUGCAAGGAACACUUCCCCAAUGAGCCGGUACUGCGGGCACACAUCAACAAACUGCACUACGAGUUGGGCCAGUUCGAUUGCGAGAUCUGCAAGAAGACGAUAGAGGAUGACGCCCUUGCGCAUCACAUGAAGAUGCACACGAAUGUUAAGACCCACAUCUGCGAGGUGUGCAAGGCGUACUUCAUGCAAAAAUCGCAGUACAAUGUGCACAUGCGCAUGCAUACGGGCGAGCGGCCGUAUCAGUGCAGAAUUUGCUGGCAAACUUUUGCCUACUCGAGCGUCCUGAAGCUGCACAUACGCAAGCAUACGGGCGAAAAACCGUUCCAGUGUUCGCUGUGCAAGGAUGUCGUCGCCUUCUCACAGCUGGCACAUUUCAAGACACACAUGAAGAAAAUCCAUAAGCAAACCAAUCCCUACAUGUGCGAAGGCUGUCAGCAGUUCUUCAAAGUCAAGGCAGAGCUACAGGCGCACAUGCAACAGUGUGGCAGCUGUAAUGUCGACGUGGAACAGCAGAAUGCACAAAAUAACGAUUUGCAAACGCUCACACACCUACGCUUCCUCAUGGCGUUGCUGCUGAAGAAAAUCUCAUCGCCGCAAAAAUUGCAGCAGUUGGGCUACGAGAAGCGGCUAAUCGACAAUGUUGUGGUAGCUUCGCUGAAAUUGGCCAAUCGCAAGGCAUGCGAGGAUCCGGCGUUGUCGCCAAUCGCACGUAUGCGUCUGAAUGUUGAGGAGUUUCUCAAUUGGAUCGUGCCGGCGCAGGCGAUGGAAACAUUUCGCCAGGAGCAACAAUCAGUGGAGAGCUUAUUGGAUAAAAUUGUUACCAUGUACAUGAAGCAUAAAUGAUUGUGCGGAGUUUUUUUUUCGAACGGCUGCUAUUUGUAGUGAGUUUUUUUUGCUAACAAUUUUUGAAUGUGCCAUAAGACAGCGAUGGCGACGCCAGCCAUUGCCCUGCGAGCUUUUGCGGCGAAUUAAUUGACAAAUGAAUUUACGGUUUAGUUUUUUGAUUCCGAUUUGAAUCACUCUUUCAGAAUUUAAGACGCUGAAUUUUCUUAUUUUAUGUUCCCAUUAUUUGUUUUUUGUUUUUGUAUAAGACACCAAAAAGAGCAAUCCAAAGAUAUCUAUUUGCCAAAGCCUAAGCAUUAAUUUAAGUUUCUUAUAAGUUAUUGCGCGUACAUAUGCAUUGUGCAUAUGUUUGCGUUUUGUUUUUUGUUCAACAAUUAUUUGACUGAAGUUUCCCGAUUUUGCCCCGUUUUGGAUAACGGUUUUGCGUUCUUUCUUAGAUAUUAGACUAGUCAUAUCCGCAUAGAAUUUAGUUGACACACAAUUUUCAAAAUAAUACCAAAAUGCUGUAUUUGCAAACGCUAUCAACUCUUGCCAUAUAUAGGUUUAGAUUUACAUAUGUACAUACUAUGUGACUUAAAAAGAACCUUAAUACUACCAAUAAUCAUUUGUUUCAUGAAUGAAUAAAGAUUUGAAUUAAAAAUAAAAAAGGAGAUAAUAAUUAACUCCACGUAUAUAAAAGCGAAAAACGGCUAAGCAAUGCGUGAAUGAUGUGGGCGGAUCUUGUGAGGAGAAGACUGAACAGAUGACUAGA